UCCCAGCUGAUUCCUCCUCGUCCUUCCUCGAGGAAUUCACAGUCGUUCCUCGGCGCUUAUAGUCUUCACGUAGCCUAUUCCUUGGACGACAAGUAUCCCCCUCCCCUCCCCCCCUUGAGUGACCUUGAAAGACGACCACUGGGGAUUUUGAAAGUGUCUCCGGAAGGGGGAAAUAAGCGGCGGGUUAUUAAGCGCUGGGGUUUAUUGCAGGGGCUAGAGAGGUAGCAGUCCCUGUGUGUUAUGGGUAAGGGCCUGUUGCAGAGGCGAUCACUGCGAUUCGGUGCCCCUUUCCUCCUGCUGGUGGUGGGCGGCUCCUUUGGCCUCAGGGAAUUCGCGCAGAUCAGGUACGACUUCCGCAAUCGCAAGAAUGUGUCGAAAGAGGAUGCCGAGAAGAUGGGGAUCAAGAUGAAAGAGCAAGAAGACGUCACCCUGGAAUCAGAGUACCAGAAAAUUGAAAAGAUUGACACAACCAACUGGGAGAAUGUGCGUGGCCCUCGCCCCUGGGAAGAGGGCAACCAGUUGUUCAAGGAGGCAGAAGAACGAGCGAAGAAGAUUGCCGGACAAGACUGAAACAUCCAUUUUGCAGUCUAUCACCAAGAUUCUGUUGGUGGUGAGAUGUGGAGGGAAGAGAAAAUAAGAGUGUGUUUUUUAAAUAGACUAAGAGUUUUGUAUAUAAUUGCUUUGAAAAACAAGGUGUACAGUUUUUUAUAGACUGGAUAAGAGUGAGUUGGAAUAAUAAGGCAAAGACACAUGUAAACUUGAAAUUGACUUUGUAAAUAGUAUUGAAAUACAAUGAAAUGAAAU